AUGUCUACAGCAGAUACGAUUGUAGCUUCUAAUACAGAUAAAUCUUUUCUUUGUGAAAUAUGCUCAAAGGCAUUUCGUUUUCGGUCAAAUUUAGCAGAACACCGCUCUGUACAUUCUAAUUUAAAACCCUAUGUUUGUGGUUGGUGUGGGAAAUCUUCUAGAUUAAAGGGCAACUUAACAAAGCAUAUUUUGAAACACCAUAAAGCAGAACAAAAUGCUUACAUUGGAACAGAUGAUAUUAUAAUAAAAAAAGGAAAAAAAUCUGUAAAAGAUCCAGCAGCUAUAGAUUUUUUAGAAAAAUCAAUGAUUGUAUUAACACCUAACUCUGCUAAUAAUAAUAAUAAUAAUAUACCAAAAGGUGGUUUAGGUAUAACUGAAAAACACAAUGAUGGUAUUGAAAAUUUGGGUCAUUUCUUGGCAUCAAUGAAAAAUAGAAAACGUGCUCAUAGUAGUGAUGAUUUAGAUGAUAGUAUGGAUGGUGAACGUGAUAAAUUUUUAAUGUCUUUAGGGUUAGAAAUCAAUGGUGGUGCAAUUAACUCAAAUUCUCCCACUAAUAGUGCUGAAAGUAAUGGUGGUGAAGAUAAAGUUGAAAAUGUUAGAAGUGGUAAUAAUGUACCAGAUUUUAUGAAUACUUUAACAUCAUUAGCUGCGGGUUCAAGUUUUAGUAACCCUAUAACAUUAGAAAAAUUAAUAGAUACAAGAGUAUCAAAUUGUAGUAGCCCAUCUCGAAAUAGUAUUGUUAGUAAUUGUAAUAAUAUAAAAACUCAAUGUCCACAAUGUGGGAAACAUUUUAGAAAACAAAGUUCUCUUCAAGUUCAUAUGACUGUUAAUCAUGGAGCACCGCCACCGGGAUCUUCAAGAAAUUCUAAUGCAUCACAAGAAUUACCCCUUGAACAAUCACCAUCACCAUCCUCAUCAGCCGAAAUUAAGUUAGAAAAUAUAGAAACUCCGGUUAUUCAUAAUCCUGUUAAUACAGUAACUGCUGCUGCAGCUGCUUUAAGUUCUUUUUUAAUGAAUCAAAAUAAUAGUACAGGAAAUGUUUUAUCAAAUUCCUCAAAAACUACCAGUUCAUCACCUGCUUUUGGAAUAUCUUUUGAUACAAAAAAUGUUAAUUUCCAAAAUAUUCAAGGUGAAUUAAAAAUAAUAAAGCAAACUAUUCAUGAAAUCAAUAAAAGUCAUUCGGAUUCUGUUAAUAAACUUGAAAAAAGUUUAACAACCAUUGACAAUCGAGUUGAUAGAUUAGAAAAACAACUUGAAAUGGCUUUAAAUAGCAUAUAUACAUUAGUUCAACUUCAAACUGGAAUCAAUACUAAUGUAACACGAUUUCGAAAUGAUGCUUGUGAAAAAUUAAAAUCUGUCAAAGCAUUACUUUCUGAAACAUCUGGAUAA